AUGUCGACACUAACCAAACAGCAAUUCUAUGAUACAUUGGUGCAUACGUGGUGGCCAGAGGAUAAAAUCACAACCUUCAAUAAGUGUAGAGUGUUGGUGUGUGGAAUGGGAGGACUUGGAUUGGAAGUGGCAAAGAAUUUACUCCAAAAUGGAAUUGAACAAUUAACACUGAUGGAUUCAAAGAUGGUUUCGUAUGAGGAUUUGGCAGAUUUUUAUUCGAUUGUUGCCGAUUCGAAGGAGGUAGAAGUGAUUGGAAGAAAUAGAGCGGAGAGAGCAAUGAUUGUGUUGAAUGGAUUGAAUCCAUUUGCACAAAUUAAUGUGAAAGAUGGUCAAGUUGACAGCUUGGCAGGUGAUGUGCAGUUUUUGAAAGAGUUUGAUUUUAUUAUUUGUACUGAACAUUCUCUUUCAUCACUGAUUGAUUUGGCUCAAACCUGUCACGAUAAUAAUAUUAAAUUCGUGGCAUCCGACAUGAAGGGCUUAUCAUGUUUAAUAUUCUAUGAUAUGGGCGAACACAAAAUCAAAGAUCUGAACCCUGGCUUCAAAGAAGGUUGUUCAAUUAAGGAUAUCAUCAAUGGAAACCCAACAAAAAUUGAUCUUUUAGAUGAUGAAUUUAAUAAGGAAGAGGGAAUGAAUGUUCAUCAAAAUAUUGUCUUUAGAAAUGUUAGGGGAAUGACGGAAUUGAAUGAACACAAGGCGGUUAGAAUCAAAUCAAAGAUUGGAAAUCGAGUGGUUGUAGAUUUGGAUUCUACUAAUUUUGGAAAAUUCGAAUUGGGGGAUGGCUCAGCUUAUUUCAUGAAAUGUAAUGUUACUGGUCUAGAUAUAAGAUCUCACAAGCUUAAAUCACUUAAAGAAGAGUUGGAUAAUCCAACAUUUAAAGAUUCGGAUUCAAGGACGAAGGUAGAGAAGAGACAUGCUUUCACUCAACUUGAACUAUUCGAAAGGGAGAAUGGAAAAAUUCCAAAACCUUACCAUGAGCAAGAUGCUUUAGAAUUUGUGCAAUUUGCAAAAGAUAGAAUUCCAAACCAAUUCUUCAAUCAAGAAAUUUGCAAAACCCUUGCUUUCACAUGUCAAGGAAGGUCAGCUCCAUUCACAAGCAUCACGGGAGCUUUCAUUGUGAUGGAAAUUCUCAAGAAUUUGAAUGCAUGGGAUUGCCUGCCAAGUCCUCUUCCAACUCACGAAGAUUGUGUUAACAUUCCACACAAAAUGAAAAGAUUUCAACAACAAAUUAACUUGAUUGGUAAAACAUUACAAUCAAAAAUAAUGAAAUCUAAUGAGGUAAUAUUUGGAAUGGGUGGAUUAGGAUGGGAAUGUUUGAAGAAUUAUGCCCUGAUGGGUCUCAGUUCUCAUGAAGAAGCUCCAUCCACAACUCUUGUCGAUGCCAAGGAGGCCAUCUUACCAAAUCUCAUAACACAUCCAUUCAUUAUAGAGGAGGAUAUAAGUAAGUUUGCCAAUAUCAAGUCCAUGCUCGCAAUAGACUACGUGAAAAAUCACAUUAAUCCUCAAAUGAAAAUUGACAUGGUUGAAGAAUAUGCGAGAGCAAGACCAGUGAAUGAAGAAGAGGAACAAUUUUCUUGGAAUAAUUUGGAUCAAUAUAGUGGAUAUACGUGCACAGUUCCUGGAAAACCAAUUGCUGAUUUAAUUGUUUCUCGUGUCAUUAAUUCUACCAAAAGAGCAAUUUUUGCCACAAGUGAAUGUAUGAAAGGAAAUGUCACUUUAAUGAUUCCACACUUGAGUGGAAAGCAUGUUAGGGAGAGUAACGAAGUAUCCUAUCCACAAAUAAUCAAUUAUUAUGGCUCCAUGAAGGAUAUGAUAAAUUUCUCAAUUGACUAUCCUUUCAAAGAAAUGUAUAAGGAUAAUUUACUCAUUCAUUUAGGCCCAUUUGGUGAUUUCAGAGACAAGUACACUGAUAUUGUUCUAUACAAUCCUUGCCAUUUUGAAAAUAGCAUAAGAUGGGCAGUUGUCAAAUUCAAUGAAUAUUUCGAUAAGGGAAUUAGUGAAAUAUUAGAAACAUAUUUUGCUCCAUUCAUGAGGAAUGGCACUUUACCUGAAUAUUUGGCUAGAAUGAGAAGACCAGUUCCUGUUCCUUUCAAUGCUAUCAAUGCCUCUCACUUGGAUUUUGUUCUAUAUAGUGCUAUUUUGAGAUCCAAGGUUUAUUCAGUUGAUUUACCAAAUAUGGAAGAAUUGAAAGAAAUAUUAGCCAAAGUUUUGAAAGAAGAAGAUUUGGGAAUGAAAAAAAUUGAUUCUGAACUUUCUGAAGAAACAUUGAAAGAAAAAAUUGAAACAAUAUUGAACCAAUUGAAUAUUGAAUUCAUUACUUUUGAUCCUUACAAUGAUUUACAUUUGGAUUUCGUUCAAGCAUGUGCUCUAGUUAGAGCUCAAUGCUAUAAAAUUCCACCAAUAGUGGAUAAACACUAUAUUAAGAGAGUGGUUGGAUUGACUCCUAGCAAUUCAAUUAGUAAUUCAAUAACUGCUGGAUAUGCAACUUUACAAUAUUACAAGCUUGUACAAGAAUCUCCUAUGAAAGGUGAACAAUUCCCCAGUUAUUCAAUAGAUUGUAGUGGAAAGUAUUCAACAGAUUUUUUUAAAUACUUACAUUUGAGAACACAAAGCUUUUCCCUUAAUACAGGAAAUGAAACUAUUUCUGUAACAGAAUGGGAUCUUUUAGAACUUAACAAUGCAAAUGAAAGACAAGACUUUACAAUUAAGGAUAUUGUUGACAUGAUGAAGGAAAAAUACUCAUGUGAAACUCUUUCUAUAGAAUUGAAAGAUUCCAAUGCAUCUGGCAAUUCCUACUCAAUCUAUUCCAAUUUUCAAUUUGUAUUCUCUACUGUAUCUCCAUUGAAUCAGAGAAUGAGCUCUAAAUUGGUCCAACUUUGGGUGAAUUUCAAUGCUUUCAAUUCAGAUGACGAUUUUGUACUCUUGCAAAUUACUGGAAGAUCCCUACUUGAUAAUUCAUCAGUUACCAUUCCUUCUCUGAAAUUCUACCUACCAUCCUCUCUCACAUCCAAAUAA